AUAUGAACAGAUAUCUUUAAUGUUAUUUCUGACUAGUCAGAUUAUAACUGUGACUCGUCAAAAUGCAAUUGUAGAUAUUUAAAAUAUAAUUACGGAUAGUUAGACAAAAGCUUUAAAAGCCAAAACGGCUUGCCAUAUGCUACAGUAGCUUUCACUUGCGUGAGAUGAUUUACGGAGCGCUGUCGCUUUAAAACUUAAGGACAGGGGAAAUACUCUUGUUGUUGUUGUUGUUGUUGUUGUUGUUGUUGUGUACAGUUGGACCUCGAUGAACUGAAGCAUGGCGGUCACACGAAAGCGUCCUCAUAAGAGCUGUACUGAGAAUGACAGCGGCACAUUAACGUUAUCUUCACAGUUAUUCACUGCAGCUUUCUACGGACUCGCUUCUUUCCUCGUUGUUGUUGUUAACAAGAGUGUUCUCACUAAUUACAGAUUCCCGUCAUCUUUAUCAGUGGGAACUGGGCAAAUGUUGGCAACAGUUGUUGUGUUCCGAGGGGCAAAAUCAUUGAAUAUGAUAGUUUUCCCAGCUUUUGACAGGAAUGUACCCCAUAAGUUGACCCAGAACAGCAGCAGUAGAGUUUAAAUAGAUGUAUAUUUUGCCUUCAUGUAGAAAGAAGUUUUCAUGGUCCAUUAAAGCAACUGUGUUUACCAUGAUCUUGGGAGCAUUUAUCGCUGCAAGGUUAGCAAACUGCAAACUGGGUAGCUAAAGUUCAUUCCAAGUCAGAUAACACUUCUAUGUUUAUACAAAAAUGUCAUUUUAACUCCAUUGUGUAUUCAUGAACAGUCAGCGUCUGGCUGUGCUGUUUGUAAUGUGGGCGCAAGCUAUAUUAAGAAUGUAUUUGGAUUCUGAUAUCUGUUAGAAAUGGUUUGUUACUUGUUACCAAAAAGAGAUACAUAUUUUAAGUAUUUAUGAAUAUUAUGAUAUUUUUCAUGUAAUUUUUAAAGCCUUAAAAGGAAAUCAUAAUUUAUUCCUAUUUUAUUAUUUGAUUUAUAUAUUUGAAGUUAAAUAUGUAAAAAUGACUUCUUAAGGUGUAUGAAGCACACAUGCAGAAAAAAGCACACCUUAAAAAAUGACAAUUUAUAUGACAAUUAAUCGUGAAAGCCCUUAACGAGACAAUUAGUCAUCAUAGCAAUAGAACAGAUAAUGAAUCAUCAUAAUCGCAAUUAUUUGUUUGACAAUUAAUCGUGAAAGCCCUUAACUAGACAAUUAGUCGUCAUAGCAAUAGAACAGAUAAUGAAUCGUCAUAAUCGCAAUUAUUUGUUUGACAAUUAAUCGUGAAAGCCCUUAACGAGACAAUUAGUCGUCAUAGCAAUAGAACAGAUAAUGAAUCAUCAUAAUCGCAAUAAUUUGUUUGACAAUUAAUCGUGAAAGCCCUUAACGAGACAAUUAGUCAUCAUAACAAUAGAACAGAUAAUGAAUCAUCAUAAUCGCAAUUAUUUGUUUGACAAUUAGUCGUCAUAGCAAUAGAACAGAUAAUGAAUCAUCAUAAUCGCAAUUAUUUGUUUGACAAUUAAUCGUGAAAGCCCUUAACUAGACAAUUAGUCGUCAUAGCAAUAGAACAGAUAAUGAAUCGUCAUAAUCGCAAUUAUUUGUUUGACAAUUAAUCGUGAAAGCCCUUAACUAGACAAUUAGUCAUCAUAGCAAUAGAACAGAUAAUGAAUCGUCAUAAUCGCAAUUAUUUGUUUGACAAUUAAUCGUGAAAGCCCUUAACGAGACAAUUAGUCGUCAUAACAAUAGAACAGAUAAUGAAUCAUCAUAAUCGCAAUUAUUUGUUUGACAAUUAGUCGUCAUAGCAAUAGAACAGAUAAUGAAUCGUCAUAA